AUGUGCGACCAAUGCGGCAAGAGUUUCGCAUACAAAACAGGUCUGAACAGACACAUAAGGAUUCAUUCCGGAGAGAAACCGUUCUUGUGUCCUCAAUGCGGAAGAGGUUUUGCACUCUCAGGAGUCAUUAGGAGGCACAUCAAAAUCCACAGCGGAGAAAAGCCGCACACGUGCGAUCACUGCGGAAAGAGUUCCACCUAUAAAGAAAACCUUAAGGAACACAUGAGGAUCCACACCGGAGAGAGACCAUACAUUUGUGUUCAGUGUGACAAGAGCUUCACACAUAUCAGCAGUCUGAAAGAACAUCUUCACACUCAGUCCGUUUCACUGCGACCAUGUGGAAAGAGUGUCGCACGACUGGACGGUUUUAAAGAACAUCAGAAGAUACACACCGGUGUGAGAACUCACGUGUGCUUCGAAUGCGGGAAUGGGUUUAUAUCAGCCGCACACUUGAAAAUGCACCAGCGGAUUCACACUGGAGAGAAACCGUACAAGUGUUCGCGCUGCGACAAGAGAUUAUCUCGCUCAGGAACCCUGAAAGCGCAUGAGAGGAUUCACACCAGAGAGAAACCAUAUCACUGCACUGCGUGUGGGAAGAGUUUCAACCAAUCAAAUCAGCUGAUGAGUCAUAAGAAAAACAUCACCCUGUGUUGUCGCAAUAAGCUUUUUUCUUCAGCAACUAAGACUUUCUAA